AUGGUCAACCGUGGGCGCUCGGGUGGCUGCGCUACAUGCAAGCAAAGACGUGUGAAAUGUGACGAAACCAAACCAAAAUGCCGAUCGUGCCAGCGACUCGGAUUUGGCUGCGAAUACAAGACAAAAUAUGCCAAUUUGAAGUUUAGAGACCAGAAUUACCGGUUCCAUAGGACCGUCGCAACUAUGCCGCGAUCUGUGGCAGUGCCGGACACUUCCGUUCCAUUCUUUCUUCAGCAUUAUGCGAGCAUGGGCCGCCAAUUAUCCUCAGCGCGAGGCUUCUACGAAGUCUUGAUUCCAGUCUACUCUUCACAAUCCCAAAACUCAGCACUUAGUCUAGCAGUUUCAGCUCUUGCCUCAAAGGUUCUGUCUUUGUGGCGUUGUGACGAUUCCCGGCUACCCCGGGAAAAUUAUACCCGGGCUGUCAAUCGUCUUCGUAGCACAAUCCAGCACCGCGAUGAAUGUGGGAAUCCGGCGACUAGCCUGGCAAUCCUGUCCCUGCAGAUAUACGAAAAUAUUUCUUCUGUAUACGGUCUCCGCCCAGGCACACGGGUGCAUUAUGACGGUGCAGUGUCGUUGCUCCCAUUUAUACAUUCCGAUUCUACAAAUCGCGUCACGAACGCCUAUGUUCGCAGAUUUAUCCUUCACACUGAGAUUUGCUCAGCCAUGCGCGAAGAGCGCCCUCUACAGGAAAGUGUGCGCCCAUGGCUUGAAUUCAAAAAUCGAGCAGAUGCACCGCAGAAUCUAAGCUCUGUACUCGACAACAUCGGUGCAUCUGUUGCCGAAUUACAAGCGAGAUACGUGCAGCUAUCACGAAAUGAUAAUAUCAUGCCAUCAUUCUCAGAUCUGAGAGAAAUCACGACGGAGGCAAAAUGCAUUGAGGACAGGCUGCUCACCUGGGCACGAAAUGUGCCAGAGCAUUGGCAUGCGCUGAAAGUCACAAGCGGGAAAGACAUCGAUCAGUCAAUUCCCGCUUAUCUCUCUACUUGUGAGAUCUACUCUUCUUGUUCUGUGGCCACACUGUGGAAUUUCUGGCGCGUUCAACGCCUCUUGAUAGUUAAGAUUGCCAUCGGCUCGCUCAAUACAAUCUCGACGCGUGGCACCGAUUGUCCCGGAAGCAAUGAAACACUCCCAGUGAAUGAUUAUUUUGUCGGGUAUAUCAAUACUUUCCAAAGCCUAAUGGACUCAGUGUGCUACAGUGUUCCCUUCUACCUUGGUAAUCGAAUAAGGCCACUGAAUAUUACCGACUUUGACGAUCCGGAGAUUCUGUUUCCCAGUUGUGACUUCUUCAUUCACAAGGGCGAGGGUCCAUUCGAUGAGAAAAUAACGGGACCACAAUCUUCGAGAGAUGAAUACAGACGCCACCUUCACGCGCAAGGACCCUGGCACGUCUUGACUCCACUCAUCCGCCUGCUGACAUUCUUCUUGGAUGAUUGUGGGCAGCUGUUGGCGACCUUCCUUAGGUCAGGGCAAAUAGAGUGGAUCCGUGAGCAAUUGUUGCGUGUCACUACUUUGCUUCAUCUCCCAUCCCAGACUGGUGAAUUUAAUGAAAAGUUGCAGCUCUCAAACUUAUUGCCACAAGGUUCAGACGGUACUCGAGUUGAGCGUCUUGCACAGGACAUUAGACAAGGCUUGACCUUUAUGAGUGGACCCUGA